CGUAUUUGACGGAAGUCAUAACAAUAAAGCAAAAAUCACAUUCAUCUCUCUUUUCAAAAAAUAUACUUUCCUUUGAUCACCGGAAAUCCCCAAAUUCCAAUACUUAGGGUUUUCUAUUCCUUCAACUAGUCCUCCUUCACAAAAAAGGCGAGCUUUUCUUCUCCAUUCCAAGAAAGGCUCGCCCAAAACAAAAAACAACCAUGAAAUUUCUUACCGGCAUGUUCUUGCUUUUUACCGUCGUUUAUUUCCCUUUUACCGUCCGUUCAGAUGAAAUAAUUCCGUUACUUUUACCGUCCGAUCAGGUUAACCAAGACAUUUGUCCCACAACGACGUCGUCUCAAACGAAUUCCUGUACCGUUAACUGCUUCCGACCCGACCCGGUUUGUGGAGUUAACGGCGUUACGUACUGGUGUGGUUGUCCAGACGCGCAAUGUGCUGGUGUGCGUGUUGUGAAAUCAGGGAUAUGUGAAGUGGGUAACGGAGGUUCUGCUCCCGUUACGGGUCAAGCGUUAUUGUUGGUUCAUAUUGUUUGGCUUGUGUUACUUGGUUUUGUUGGAUUGUUUGGCCUUUUAUGAUCGAUUAAUUGAAUUAGGGUUAGAUUUGAUAUAGUAUGAUUUUUUUGUAUGAUAUAUAAUACCUGUAUAUGAGGGGAAUUUACGGCUAGCUGUUUUUAUA